GCUUUUCUUGUAGCUCAACAGAAUUCACCAAAAAUCCAUGAAGGCUGGUGGGCAUACAAGGAGGUGGUCCAGGGGAGCUUUGUUCCAGUUCCUUCUUUCUGGGGAUUGGUGAACUCGGCUUGGAACCUUUGCUCGGUGGGGAAACGGCAGUCACCAGUCAACAUAGAGACCAGCCACAUGAUCUUCGACCCCUUUCUGACGCCCCUGCGCAUCAACACGGGGGGCAGGAAGGUGAGUGGGACCAUGUACAACACUGGAAGGCAUGUGUCCCUCCGCCUGGACAAGGAACACUUGGUCAACAUAUCAGGAGGGCCUAUGACGUAUAGCCACCGGCUAGAGGAGAUCCGGCUCCACUUUGGGAGUGAAGACAGCCAAGGAUCGGAGCAUCUCCUCAAUGGACAGGCCUUCUCUGGGGAGGUACAGCUCAUCCACUAUAACCAUGAGUUAUACACCAAUGUCACAGAAGCUGCGAAGAGUCCGAAUGGAUUGGUGGUAGUUUCUAUAUUUAUAAAAGUUUCUGAUUCAUCAAACCCAUUUCUUAAUCGAAUGCUCAACAGAGAUACUAUCACAAGAAUAACAUAUAAAAAUGAUGCAUAUUUACUACAGGGACUUAAUAUAGAGGAAUUAUAUCCAGAGACCUCGAGUUUCAUUACUUACGAUGGGUCAAUGACGAUCCCUCCCUGCUAUGAGACAGCCAGUUGGAUAAUAAUGAACAAACCUGUCUACAUAACCAGGAUGCAGAUGCAUUCCUUACGCCUACUCAGCCAGAAUCAGCCAUCACAGAUCUUUCUGAGCAUGAGUGACAACUUCAGGCCUGUCCAGCCACUGAACAAUCGCUGCAUCCGCACCAACAUCAACUUCAGUUUACAGGGGAAGGACUGUCCAAACAACCGAGCCCAGAAGCUGCAGUAUAGAGUGAAUGAAUGGCUCCUCAAGUAGGGAAUUAAGCCAAGAAGAAUCCCACCUCAGUGAAAUGCUACAACUGUGAAUUGACGUAACCUAGAAAGAACCCCCCUUCUUUCUUCUCUGUCCUUCCUUCCCCCACGCUCAUUCACUCUUUGGAUUGGUCCCUUCUUCAUGAAGAGUCUACAAAACCAUGGCAGAGGAAUGAAUGCAUCUCUUAAACACAUGCCCAAACAACAACAACAACAACAACAACAACACACACACACACACACACACACACACACACACACCCUUAUGAUGAAAGAAGUCAAGUUUCAGAAACAGAAGGUUCAUUCCUAAGCGGUCUUACAAAAUAAUAAUAAUAACCAGUCAACCUGAUUAAAAUUUUGAUACUGUUUCCUGAACUAACAAAUCUACCCAAUGAGACUUUUCAACCUUUGUACAUACAAAAUUCUUCUGAAAAGAGAAGGAGAAAGAGGAGGAAACACAGCUCUGAAAACAUCUAUCAGAAUGCAUCAGGUCAUCUUCGGUUGUGUCCUAGGAUCUUUUGAGGAUGCUGGCAAUAGGACAAAAUGGACCAUGGACACUUAUUUCUAGAUUAUGAUUCUUCUGUUUACUCAACAAUUGAAAAAAAAACAAGGACCGACAUCAAAGAGCUACCCAUUGUAUAUAUUUCACCGCAGACUAUAAAGAAAUGGAAUUAUUUCCCUCUUUGUCACAUAUCUGUAGUAGGAUUUGCCAAGAUCAGAAUUGAUCCAUUUGCUGUUUCUUGUUUUCCAAAGGUCAGACAUUGUGUUGGGUUACUGUUAACAGCUCCAAUAAAUGUGUUUAACGAGUUAAUUUCA